AUGUACGACAUGGACACCUAUACGGGACGCUCCCUAUACUUCUUUUCGUCUAUCAACCCGCUGCUAUGCUUCGCGACGGAGCGGUCGCUGCGCCAGAAGCAGCAGCUGCUGGACCGCGUGGCCGCCGGCGAGAAGGUGGAGGCGAGCAACAAGGAAUUGUGGAAGGCGCGCACAGCAGUAGAGAACUGCAUCCACCCCACCUCCGGGGAGGUGAUUUUCCCACUGUUCCGCAUGUGCGCCUUCCUCCCGAUGAACAGUUUUAUUGUUCCUUUUAUGAUGACACCCGGAACCAUCAGCAGCGUUCCGCGGACCAUCUUCAUCCAGUGGUUUAACCAGAGCUACAACAGCGCUGUGAACUACGCCAACCGCUCAUCCGAUAAACAGCCCAUCUACGAGCUCUCGAAGGCGUACGCGGCAGCGGUAGGUAUCUCCGUCAGCGGUGCGCUGGGGGCGACGGCGGCGCUCAAACGCGUGCAGGGUGGCACCUUGCAGGCGACGGUGAUCCGUGCGUCUCUGCCAGCCGUUGCGGUGUCUGCUGCUGCCAUUGCGAACCUCUCGCUGAUGCGCAAGAACGAGUGGAUGUCGUCAGGCCAGGGCCUGAAGGUGGUUGAUGAAGACGGCGAGGUGCGCGGGUACAGUACCGCCGCUGGCAUGGACAGCCUCAAGAAGUGCUCCGUCACUCGUGUCGUGUGGAACAUCCCGUCGAUGGUUCUGCCGACGCUGCUGAUGGCGCCCCUCACCACCCGCUUUGCCUUCGCGCGUGCGUGGCCGAUCUUGACAGAGACGGUGCUGCAGAUUGCCGGUCUUGGCGUCGGCGUGCCGCUGGCGCUCGGUGCGUUUAGCACGACGGUGCAGAUCCCCGCCAGCCGCCUUGAACCUGCUCUGCAGGGGCUCACGCGUAAGGACGGCACCCCGGUGAAGACAUUCACAUACUAUAAGGGACUGUAA